UACGGCGGUGCCAGACGAGCAGUUGAACGACCGAAGCUCGGUUUGGGCGAUGAACAAGUGAACUACCACACGGGUCCGUCUGAAGGUGUGCGAGGCAGGAGGAACUCGGUUUGCUAAAACAAAGAGAAUAGGAGGUCUCCUUCUCAAUCUCUUCUUUGACCAAAGACUCGUACGAGAAGAUUAUUUAUUUCCGUUGGAAAAGUGGACACAUGCUUGAGGUGUGCAGGUGGAGCUGGCAGCUAUAGGAAGGGCGGAGGAAUUGAAAGAGGAGUUCCGUCCAUCCAUCCGCCAGUCUGUCUGUCUGCCCCUCAUCUGGGAUGAAGAAGAGCAGGAGCGUGCUAACGGUGUCUCCUGGUGAUGAAAGCAGAGAGCCUCCAGGGGGAGGUGGGGGCCCCAGCGAGGCGUCGCUCUCCCCCUGCAUGCUGGGCAUGGACCAGCGCAGGGUCCGACGCCGACACUCCGGUACCCUGCAGCUCCCGCCGCUGUCAUGGCGACAGGCAGACAGGGCCCGCACCCCAGACGACGACCUCCUGUCCCGGCCCACCACGCUGCCCUUCGUGCCCCCGCCCCGCAUUGACAUCACCCACGCUGACCCGGACAGCUUUGAUGUGGAGAAUGGCCCUUCCACCAGCUGCAGCCCCCUGGACCCUCAGGCAUCCCCUGGGUCUGGCCUGGUCCUGCACACAAACUUCCCAGGACACAGCCAGCGCCGGGAGUCCUUCUUGUACCGCUCCGACAGCGACUACGACCUCUCGCCCAAGUCCAUGUCCCGCAACUCGUCCAUCGUCAGCGAGCUACAUGGGGAUGAUCUGAUAGUUACUCCCUUUGCUCAGGUACUUGCAAGCCUUCGAAGUGUACGGAACAACAUCACCGUCCUGACCAAUGUACAGUGUGCGUCUAACAAGCGGUCCCCUGCAGCCAGCCAACCCCAGGCCACCAAAGUCUGCUUGCCAGAGGAGUCCUACCAGAAGCUGGCCAUGGAGAGCAUGGAGGAGCUGGACUGGUGUCUGGAUCAACUGGAGGCCAUUCAGACCUACCGCUCGGUCAGCGAGAUGGCCUCGAACAAGUUCAAGAGAAUGUUGAACCGGGAGCUGACGCACUUGUCGGAGAUGAGUCGCUCCGGCAACCAAGUGUCCGAGUUCAUCUCCAACACCUUCCUAGAUAAGCAGAAUGAGAUGGAGAUCCCCCCUCCGGUAUCUAAGCCCAGGGAGAAGAAGAGCAAAAAGCAGCCGGUGAUGACCCAGAUCAGCGGGGUAAAGAAGGUGUCACACGGACCUGGCGUUUCUAACUGUGGGAUCCCCCGCUUCGGUGUGCGAACGGACAACGAAGAGCAGUUGGGAAAGGAACUGGAUGACCUGAACAAGUGGGGCCUGAACAUCUUCCGAGUGUCAGACUUCUCAAACCACAGACCGCUCACCUGCAUCAUGUAUGCCAUCUUUCAGGAGAGAGAUCUGAUGAAGACAUUUAAGAUCCCAGUUGACACCUUCGUGACCUUCAUGAUGACUCUGGAGGACCAUUACCAUAGCGAUGUGGCAUACCACAACAGCCUGCACGCUGCUGACGUGGCCCAGUCUACCCACAUUCUCCUGUCUACACCUGCGCUGGAUGCAGUCUUCACGGAUCUGGAGAUCCUUGCUGCCAUCUUUGCUGCUGCAAUACAUGACGUGGACCACCCUGGAGUCUCCAACCAGUUCCUGAUCAACACCAACUCGGAGCUGGCCCUCAUGUACAAUGAUGAGUCGGUGCUGGAGAACCAUCAUCUGGCUGUGGGCUUCAAGCUCCUUCAGGAGGAGAAUUGCGACAUGUUCCAGAACCUGAGCAAGAAGCAACGGCAGUCCCUCAGGAAGAUGGUCAUCGACAUGGUAUUAGCGACCGACAUGUCUAAGCACAUGAGCUUGCUGGCAGACCUGAAAACCAUGGUCGAGACCAAGAAGGUGACCAGCUCUGGAGUGCUGCUGCUUGACAACUACACUGACAGAAUACAGGUUCUUCGUAACAUGGUGCACUGCGCUGACCUCAGUAACCCCACCAAGUCCCUGGAGCUGUACCGGCAGUGGACCGACCGCAUCAUGGACGAGUUCUUCCACCAGGGCGACAAAGAGCGUGAGAGGGGCAUGGAGAUCAGCCCCAUGUGUGACAAACACACAGCCUCCGUGGAAAAAUCACAGGUGGGCUUCAUCGACUACAUCGUGCACCCUCUGUGGGAGACGUGGGCGGACCUGGUGCACCCCGACGCCCAGGACAUCCUGGACACGCUAGAGGACAACCGGAACUGGUACCAGAGCAUGAUCCCCCAGAGCCCGUCCCCGCCCUUCUACGAGCAGGACAAGGGCCAGCCCGGCAGCGGGGGGGACAAGUUCCAGUUCGAGCUGACCCUGGAGGAGGAGGAGGGUGACUCUGAGGAAGGCACGGAGCGGGACGAGGAGUACAGCCAGGGCGAGGAGGGGGUGUCGCACUCCUCGCUGGACUUUGACCGCGACGGCCAAGAGACCGCCACACACAUCGAGAUCAUCACGCACGACGCCUCGCCUGUCGACACAUAGCACCGUGGGAGAGGCGGACACGGCGAGUUGCAUUGAGAGGAGAAAUCCUGCUUUUUUUUGAGAAGCCUCGGGAGGUUGGCUUUAGAGUCGGCAGAGGCGUCUAGCUCUCCCACCCAAAGGGAACAGGCUUGCCUUUGGAGCCAGGGCCAGGACAGUCCAUGAAGGAGCUCUCAGGAAACUGCUGCAGUCACUUGGGCCCAACGGGAAAACGGAACACAUUACAAGGCCUGACAGACGGAUCUGGGGCCACCGGCGUGGAUGAGCAUCUAGUCACCUGACAUUAUCAACAUUUUCUUUUUGGGGUAUCCAGUGGCUUUUUUUACGAGGGGAUGUCUUGAGGUAGCAUAUGAACUACUGAUAUACAGGUAUUUGUAAUGCAAAGAGUUUACUCUUUCUGUAACAUACGUCUAAAGACUUUGUGUGCCUUUUUUUACAAUCGUCUUUUUAAAGUUCUGUUUCUAUUUAUUGAAGUCAUUUUAGUACAUUUGAAUGGUGAAAUGUUUUGGCAAACAGCUGAAGAGAAGAAUAUUUUUAUCUCUAAUGAAGAGUGAAUGCAAAGUCUUCCUUGUUACUUUCUAUUGGGCAAUACCUGAGUGAACAGAGACUCUGUCCUUACAAAAAUGAAUUCCACAAAUGUGGCAUCUUAUAUAGCGCUCAUGUCAUAUGGGUGGAAUAUUGGGAAAAGGAAAUGUUUUACAAUGAGCACAGCUUCAUUAUUUAAUAAUAUCUGAUUAUAAGAUACCCAUUGAAGUAAAAAAAACUACAUCUGUUACCAUGUAUGCCACAGAUUUGUUGCGGGUUUUAAUAUAAAACUAGUAAUGUUCAAAACAUUUAAGAAAUUUGUUUGCUGUUAAGCACAUUUGUUUAAUUUGCACUGUAUAUAUUAUUCUGGAGAAAACAAUGCUUCUUUUGUCAUUGUCUAUUAUUUUGCCUCUGGAGUGAUGAACUUCAAAUUCCUACAAGGUCAGAAAGUGUGAAAAAGCAGAAAUUCAGGAGUAUAGAAGCACUUAGCUUUUUGAUCAAAAUGAAAGUCUUACUGGAAAUGAGUAAUGGCUCACAUGAAUUUCAUUAAUCAGAACCAUUCCCUAUAUCUGAUGGCAACAAUACUUGUCACUUCCUCGUUGACCGCUAAUUAGCUGUUGGCUUAAGGCAAAAAUAGAAAAAAUGGCAUUCAAGUCACACCAUUGUGUAUUAAUGUCUUUUCACAUUAGAUACAAGAAAAUUCUGAGAUUGUGGACACUUUACCCUGACUAUAUCUGGUUAUAGCCAUGCUCACUAUGCCAAAAAAUAUGAUCAAUUAGGCCUAGGUAUCAAUUUGGUUCAUUGACACAAGCUUAUGUUAUAUUCAUUUACACCAGAGGCAAACUAAUACUGUAGCACAUCUCCUUAUGUCACACAAUCUGUAUUUGAUUCUCUGACACCAUCUAGAACUCUGCACAUAUCAAGAACAGAAAGCAACCAAAAAGAAUAGAAGCCUUCCAUAGAAAAACUGUUUGUGCUGGUGCAAUAUGUGAGGGAGCUGCAAGAAAAACGCUUAAACGGACUGCUUAAGUCUAUCCUUUGUUAUCUCCAUUGCCAUCCUCAAGAGGUACUUCAACUCCAGUGUCUUUCACUGUUGUGUUGGCGUGAAUUUGGCAAGCUGAGAAAUUUCAGCAUUAAAAAAAGUGUUAUCAUCAGUACUUUGUCUUCGCACUUGGGAGUGAAGAUUUAGCCGCACAUUGCCUGCCCUCAAGCCUUGCACGAGCCCACGUUCAUCCUUUGCUGUUUAUAACAGUGGUAUUUAUUACUUUAACUUGUAAAUAAAACAAAUGUUCAUUGUCAAUUUAUUUUUUAUUUAUAUGCACAAGCAUUACCUGGGGUAGGUAGUGUUAAUGUGUCCUGGUUCAGACCAAGGAGCCUUUGAAUUCUGUAGUAUGUUUUUGUAUAUUUAUUUAUAUAUUGCACAAUAGUGGUCAUUAGACAUACGUAACCCAUCGGAAUCGAGGUGGUCAUGGUGAAGGAAGUGGAAGUUUGAUGUUGUAUUUAAGCUAUAUAGUGCUUGUAGCACCUUAACUCUAACAAUGCAGCAUUUUGAAUGCAGAUUGCUGACGUUUCCGUGAAAUUGGAUCCAGUCGGCGGGAAGAAAUAGGAAAUCCACAUACAGUAUAACUGUUCAGAAAAUGUAGAGCAGAAGGAAUAUUCUGGUGGCAUGGUUAUUUCACUGAAUGCCAGUGUGAAUUUCAUAUGAUAUCAAUUACAAAAAUGUGAUCUCAUAUAAUUGUUGUGCUAAUGUGAAAUCUUCUCUGACCAAACUUGUUAGUGGUUUUUAAAUUCAAAUAGUCUGUUUUACAUUAUAAUCUAUGUUAAAGCUUUUGGUCGAAAUUGUGUCCAAAUGGUUAGUCAGAAUAACACUAUCUGCAUGACCAAGGGGUUUGUAUGUCUGUUGAAUACUGCGUUGUUCCAGGUGGAUAUUUUAAUAUUUUUUCAAAUGUUUCACACAAUGUAUGGUAUACUAUAUAUUGUGUUGGCAAAAUCUUAAAUACGUUUUUUUACGAAAUUAUUAAAAGAAAGCAUGAAUGAAACAAA